AUGGCGUCCUCUUCAGCAACAUCGCCAGACACUCAGGUCACCCUGAAGAUCAAUUUCGACGGCAUGACACGCCGCCACAAACUCCCACUGCGCGAUAUGGGACCCAGCACUCUCGAAGAUAAGGUGAGGUCUCUGUUGGGCGUCAGCUCUGAUGCCAACGUCACUCUCGAGAGGUACUCCGACUCGGCUGGUUCGUACAUCACCCUCGAUAAGCAAAACAUCUCCGUCUACAAACAACUUUACCGAGCCGCCAAGGCCAAGCAAAAGCUCAAGCUCCGUAUCACUAAGCUGUCCGAGGAAAAGAUAUCCCCCAGGCCAGUGUCAGUGGAGGAUGUGCCGGAGUCCAGCACUCCUCUCGCUGUCAAGGUUGAAGAGGAGCAGAAGACGGAAGACCCCGCGAUGCAACCCCUUGUUGACCUGAGUCACAUCUAUGACGUUGAUAAUGAGGCCAAGAAGGAGCUGCCCACGAGUGACACUGGUCUUGAUUUCGAGGCCUCCAUUCUCGCAUCCCUGCUUAGAAGACACGCAAAGAUCAACGACGAAGAAUCGCCCGCAGCUUCUGCAGAUAUCCCUGUUUCCGAGGGUAUCACUGCUCGAGACCAGUGGUUUGCUAAUGCUGCCGCCACUGAGACUACUCCGUCGCGAGCUUCUUGGGGUCGCUGCCCCGCACUGAUGCACCCAAACACCAACUUUGCGGUGUGCUGCAACAGCUGCGACCAGACAGUCCCCGAGGCUCACUACCACUGCUCCACAUGCGACGAUGGUGAUUUCGAUCUUUGCCAAAACUGCGUCGACCAGGGUAUUACAUGUUACGGCGCUGACCACUGGCUCAUCAAGAGAAUCGUCAAGAAUGGCCAGAUCAUCAACAGCACUACGGAGACGAUUGCGCCCAAAAUCAGGGCCAAGGUCGAGGAGCCAAUCCCAGAGCCUCCCAGGGCGCCCGCCAAUAUCAGUGAGCUUCUCCGUCCAGUCUUCAACACUGCGCUGUACAGCAUGCGCACCUGCAACUGCUGCGUGACGGAGCUCCCGGAGUCAAGCUUCCUUCACUGCGCCGCUUGUGAAGAUUUCGACCUGUGCCACGCAUGCUUCGAGAAGGAUUCGCAUGGCCACAACCCGAAGCACUCCUUCGUCCCCGCCGUCGAGGGCGCCCACGUUCCCAGCCACAUCCAAAUCAAGUUGGCCCCUGGCCGCAACCAAAGCCACAACGCUAUUUGCGAUGGAUGCGACAAGUACAUUGCUGGCGUCCGCCACAAGUGUCUUGACUGUCCUGACUGGGACUACUGCGCUGACUGCAUCGUGAACUCCAAGUUUGUUCACCCUAACCAUCGCUUCGUUCCCAUCUACGAGCCUCUCGAGGAGGUUCGCAGCCGUGCCGUCAGCCGCUCUGUACACUUUGGUAUCUGUUGCGAUGGCCCUCUGUGUGCCCGCACCCACAACGCGCCCGCUUACAUCUCCGGCGUCCGAUACAAGUGCACCGUCUGCCACGACACCGACUUCUGCGCAAACUGUGAGGCUAGCCCUGCUAACACUCACAACAAGACCCACCCCCUUGUCAAGUUCAAGACGCCAGUUCGUCACGUCACUGUUACCACCACUGGCGAGCGGGGAGAUGGACAACGUAUGCAGCAGAUGGGUGACCGCAACCUUCGCCGAACCAGCUCUCGCUCUACCGAGACUACGGCCAACGCUUCCAUCAAUGUGCCCCAGACCGUUGUUGAUGUGAAGCCCUCAGAGCCUGCUGUCAAGGAGGAGGUUGUUGAGGAGAUGUCUGAGCCCGAAAUCAAGCCAAUUGCCAAGGAAAUUUUGGAGGCAGAUGUGAAGGAGGAAGUGGCUGAGGAGAAGGUCGCGCCGAUUGUCGAGAAGCCUCUCACCGAGCAGGACCUCCAAGCUGUGUUUGUUCGCGAUACCGUCGCUGACGGUACUCUCCUGCCGCCCAACCACGUCUUCGAACAAACCUGGGUGCUCCGCAACGACGGCGAUGUUGCGUGGCCUGCUGGGUGCUCAGUCAAGUUUGUCGGCGGUGACUACAUGGGUCACGUUGACUCGAACCACCCCGCCGGUAUCUCCGAGCUUGUUUCUGCCUCUGAGUCCACUGUUUGCUAUGCACCACUCGCGCCUGGUCAGGAGUUCUCUUUCAACGUUCUUCUCCGUACACCUGCCCGCGAGGGCAAGAUCAUUUCCUACUGGCGCCUGACGACCAAGGAUGGUCUGAAGUUUGGUCACCGACUCUGGUGUGAUGUUGGCGUCCAAACCACCCAGCCGAUUGCUGAGGAGCCCAACGAGGAGUCCAAGGAAAUUCCAGCCGAGAUGCAGAGCAGCACCAUGAUCUUCCCCAAACUUGAGAAAGAAUCCCCGGUUUCUAGCAUUCACCAGGAAAUCAUGCCCGAGUCUGUUCGUGCGACCAGCUCUGAGACUGAGGAGUUCGAGGACUGCGGUGAGGAAGAGGAUUGGGAUGCUUCUGAUGAUGGCUUCAUGACUGACGAGGAGUACGACAUCCUUGAUGCUUCUGACGAGGAGUUCCUCGAGGAGCAGCAGCGGAGACUCAGAAAGUGA